AUGGAUGCUGCCAGCGACUCGGCUGACCCGGCACCGGGAACUCGGCAGGUCAAGAAACGCUUCCCCGAUCGGGCCGCGCUGAGCUCGAAAUCCAACCCAGCUGAGCUUAUUGGCGAGAAGUGCAGCAGCAAGUUGAACUCAGCUGUGUCCGAACUCGGCUGUCCUGACGACUAG